AUGCGUUUUGGUAUCGUAGACGGAAAUCUAAUAAGUCACUCUGUUCCUCUGAGCAAUAAUAUUGUUUCCAGGCGUAUUGAUGAGAUGGCCGCCGACGUUGAUUCCAAACUCAUCAAAUUUCUGAAAGAAGGUAAAUUUGCGCUGCAGAUUGAUGAAUCAACUGCGAUAGAUAACAAAGCUGUUUUAGCUUACGUAAGAUUCAUAAAUGAGAGAAAGGAGAUUAACGAGGGAAUGUUGUUUACAAGAACCUUGAACACUGAUAUAAAAGGAUCGUCGAUUUUUAAAAUGGUCAAAGAUUAUUUUGAGGUAAAAGAAAUUCCCCUCACAAAUGGAAGUGCUUGUGCAACAGAUGGUGCUCCAACCAUGUCUGGUUGUCCUUAA